AGAUAAAAACCUGCGCAGAGACACUGUUGCUGAUUGUGCUCUGAAACUGUAGUUGAGCUUUCGGGGAUUCACACAGAGGAGCAUCUCUGCAGCCGGACGCCUCGACGCGCUCAGACUCACUGCAGCAGGAUGCGUUCGCUGUGUGCUUUGGGUGUCUUUGUGGCCCUGCUGCAUGUGUCCAGCUGUCUGCGGCUGGGAGCCUUCAACAUCAAGACGUUCGGGGACAAGAAAGCGUCCAACUCCACUCUGCUGAACUUCAUCACCAAGAUUGUGCGUCGCUACGACAUCAUUCUGAUCCAGGAGGUCAGAGACAGCGACCUGUCGGCUACUGAGAAACUGAUGGAGCACGUCAACAGAGGCUUUGAUGUCAGGUACAGUCACAUCUUCAGUGAGCCUCUGGGCCGCAGCUCCUACAAAGAGAGAUACCUCUUCCUCUACAGGGAGCAGACGGUGUCUGUGGCUAAAAGCUACACCUACGAUGACGGCUGCGAGCCCUGCGGCACCGACGUCUUCCACAGAGAGCCCUUCGUCGUCAUGUUCUCCUUCAGACAAACUGCUUUGAAGAACUUUGUUCUGAUCCCUCAGCACACCUCUCCGAAAUCCGCAGUGAAGGAAGUGGACGCUCUCUACGAUGUGGUGACUGAUGUCCAAAACCGCUGGAACACCAAUGACAUCGUGCUGCUGGGCGACUUCAACGCCGGCUGUGACUAUGUGUCGGGCUCUGACUGGCAGAGGAUCCGCCUCUUCACCAACAAGAGCUUCCAUUGGCUGAUCGGCGACGAGGCCGACACCACGGUGUCACACACGCGCUGCCCUUACGACAGGAUCGUGGUCACCAGUGACAUGAUGAAGGGAGUGGUGCCCAGCAGCGCUGCCGUCUACGACUACAUGAUGGACCUGGGUCUCGGCCACAGUAUGGCGUUAGCUGUCAGUGACCAUUUCCCCGUGGAGGUGGAGCUGAUCGGACGACCUGCUGCUGCUCCUGCCGGAUGAAUCAGGAUCCAAAAACUGCCCCCAGGCCUGCAGGCUGCAUCUGAAUCAUGACCACACAUCGUGUCCACACCACACAGCAUUGAAUUACAAAUACCAAAAUAAACUAAUCUGAGCAAAUUA